AUGCAACAAGAAGGGAGUAAUAACGAAAUACGCGAUAAUGGUCAAUCUGAGCAAGAACAGAUAGAAAGUGAACAGCCUGGAGUUGACGACAGUAAUGAUCAAGACACAGAAAUAUUUGGUAUAUUAAUAACUGAAAUGGGUAGAGCAUAUGCCGAAUUUGAUGGAACGAACCCGCUAGAAAGACCACCAUUACCAAAGUUGAAGUCAUCUAGAAAGCUUGCUGUGGUAUUGUGUCAGUUAAAUAAACAGAUCCUGCCAGAGUAUCUAGCACACUCCAACUGUAUAGAACAACUUCACACACUGAUAUACUGUGCAGCUGUUGCAACAGUAAGAACACUUGGUGUCAAAAUGCCAACUCAAAAGAUUACUGAAAAUUCAGUAAAACCAAUAACACCAAAAUGGGAAAAACGUCUGGAAAGAAGAACGGCAGAAAUUCGCAGAGAUAUCGGACGUCUUACCCAAUUCACACGAGGAAUAACAACUCGAAAAGUCCGAAAGCAAGCUAUGGAAAUAAUGCAACGACUCCACCAUCAUUCUCACCAAGACGCAACUAACAUCAACGAGUGGCAAUGCCUUGAUACCUUGAAGCAAAAACUGUCCGUAUAUACUCAGCGAUUGAAAAGGUAUAAAGCGUCCAGUCACAGAAAGCACGACAAUGCGCUCUUUCAACGAUCCGAAAAGGCAUUCUACAGGAAACUGUCAUCCGAACCCCAGGAAAAGAGCAAAACGGUGCCCACAAAGGACCAAGUAGAGGAAUUUUGGGGCAAGCAGUUUGGCUCGACAGCUUAUUACAACAAGUGUGCAGGAUGGAUUACAGAUGAAGAAGCGAAGAGCCAUUAUUGCAAUCCCAUGCAGUAUAGGGCAUAUACCAAACAAGAAAUCGUGGAUAUCGACCAGGUCAUUCCUACCAACAAUUACAAGAGGUUCAUACUUAAGAACUUGCAACAGUCUGAUAAAUGCAGGUACGGCUGUCAGGACUCCGAAACAAUACAGCACGUAACUGGUGGAUGCCAAGCAUUCGCUCCAACGGACUAUAAGGAGCGCCACGACAUAGCUGCCAAAAUCAUUCACCAGGAGUUGGCAUACAAAUUCAAACUGAUCGAAUGCAAGCUACAGUACUACAAAUAUACACCGCAAUGUGUCCUCGAGAACGACAAGUAUAAACUAUACUGGGAUCGCACUGUGCUUACGGACCAAUACAUAAAACAAAACAGACCUGACAUAAUCAUUGUCGACAAGGACGCCCAGAAAGUAACACUGAUUGAUGUGGCCAUACCUAAUAGUAACAAUUUAACAUACAAACAUAAUGAGAAAGUUGCAAAAUACAGGGAGCUAGAAUUUCAAAUUAAACGCCAGUGGAAAAUGAAGUACGUGGAAACAAUACCAAUAAUAAUGUCAUCUACAGGGGUGAUACCAAGAAGGCUGCUAGAAAACAUCAAAGCGCUGGAACUGAGUGAAAACAUUUACAAAAUCAUACAGAAAGGAGUUUUGCUGGCAACUGCCCGCAUAGUAAGAAAAUUUAUGGGAAAUGCAAGUACCUAG